AUGCCAGUGGAAUGCGGGAUAAAAUUAUCCAAGAAUGAUGGAGGAGAAAAGGUGGACCCGACAUUGUUCAAGAGCUUGGUUGGAAGUUUACGGUACUUAACUUGCACAAGGCCAGACAUUCUUUAUGCGACAGGACUCGUGAGUCGCUAUAUGGAGAAUCCAACCACUACGCAUUUUAAGGCGGCAAAGAGAAUUCUUCGCUACCUCAAAGGUACGCUCAACUACGGCCUAUUCUAUUCAAAUACUCAUGAUUAUAAGCUUGUUGGCUAUAGUGAUAGUGACUGGGCCGGAGACAAUGACGAUCGGAAGAGUACGAGCGGGUUCGUAUUUUUUAUGGGAGACACCGCUUUCACCUGGAUGUCCAAGAAGCAACCCAUAGUCACGCUAUCAACGUGUGAAGCUGAAUAUGUGGCUGCUACAUCCAGUGUUUGCCAUGCAGUUUGGCUACGGAGUUUACUGGAAGAGCUUGGAUGGCCACAAAAGGAGCCAACAACGAUUUGCGUGGAUAAUAAGUCAGCAAUCGCGCUCUCAAAGAAUCCGGUUUUUCAUAAUCGAAGUAAGCAUAUUGACACCCGCUUCCACUACAUCAGAGAAUGCAUCGCAAAGAAAGAAGUUCAAGUGGAAUACGUGAAAUCACAAGAUCAAGUUGCAGACAUCUUCACAAAGCCACUCAAGUAUGAAGACUUUAUCAAGUUCAGAAGUUUGCUCGGAAUGACAAAUCAAGUUUAA